AUGUCGCAGGGAACGCAGCCCGGUGAGCAAUUCCCUCGGGCGACGGUACGGGAGCGCAUCGAGGAGGCGUUAAGCGUGGUGGUAAAAGACGGAAAACCCAUCCUAGUGGCGACUGACAACCACCUGGGGUUCAUGGAGAAGGACGACGUGCGCCGCCACGACUCCUUCACUGCCUUUGAGGAGAUCUGCAAGCUCGCCCAGUCGCUGCAGGUGGAUUUCCUGCUGCUGGGCGGGGAUCUGUUUCACGACAACAAGCCCUCGCGCGCCACGCUGGUGCGCACGAUCGACAUUCUGCGCCGCUACUGCCUCAGCGACAACCCUAUGCUGCACUAUGCUGUGUGGCCCUGUGCAUGUGCUGCCAUGCUGCCAUGCUGCCGUGCUGCGUGCGUGUACUGCCGUGCUGCCAUGUUGCCGUGCUGCGUGCGUGUACUGCCGUGCUGCCAUGCUGUCGUGCUGCAUGUGUGCAUGCUUGCUGUGUGUGGUGCAUGGCAGGUUCGGGCAUGUGAACUACGAGGACGAGCACUACAACGUGGGCAUGCCCGUCUUCACCGUGCAUGGCAACCACGACGACCCCGCUGGCAUCGUCAGUCACAUCACAUCCCCUGCACACACGCGCACCCGCUGAGAGAAGUGCUGAGAGAAGCGCUGAGAAAAGCGCUGAGAGAAGCGCUGAGAGAAGCGCUGAGAGAGGCGCUGAGAGAAGCGCUGAGAGAAGCGCUGAGAGAAGCGCUGAGAGAAGCGCUGAGAGAAGCGCUGAGAGAAGCGCUGAGAGAAGCGCUGAGAGAAGCGCUGAGAGAAGCGCUGAGAGAAGCGCUGAGAGAAGCGCUGAGAGAAGCGCUGAGAGAAGCGCUGAGAGAAGCGCUGGGAUGGGCGGUGGGAGGGGGACGGUGGGAGGGGCGGUGGGAGGGGCGGUGGGAGGGGCGGUGGGAGGGGGACGGUGGGAGGGGCGGUGGGAGGGGCGGUGGGAGGGGCGGUGGGAGGGGGACGGUGGGAGGGGCGGUGGGAGGGGCGGUGGGAGGGGUGCUUGCUGCGGAUGGCAUGGGAUGGACGCAUGACGCGGAUGGCAUGUGGAUGGGAAAGGGGGGAGACAACCUAUCAGCGGUGGACAUCCUGUCGUCAUGCAAUCUGGUGAACUACUUUGGCAAGUCCAACAUGCCCGAGCAUGACGCCGCGCAGAUCACCCUGCACCCCGUGCUGCUGCGCAAGGUGCGUGGGGCAUGCUGCUGCGCGGGGUGCGUGGGCACUUUUGAGUCGACUCAGAAGUCACCUAGCUACUUUGGCAAGACUUGCAUGCCCGCGCAUGAUGCCGCUCAGGUCACCCUGCACCCCGUGUCGCUGCGCAAGAUGAGAGCGAGACACACAAGGAGUCGCCUUUCCCCCGCACUUCCCCCUCUGCCCCCCCUUCCCCCUUCACAGGGCGCGAACCGCAUAGCGCUGUACGGGCUGGGGUACAUGCGGGACGAGGGUGCCAACCGCAUUGCACUAUACGGGCUGGGGUACAUGCGGGACGAGCGGCUCAAGAUGAUCAUGGAUAACCCGCAGGGGCUGCAGUGGAUCCGACCGGACGAGCCGGGCACGAACGUCUCAAAAGGCUUCCCUUCCGUCUCUCCACCCCCCAGGGCGGUGCGCAUGACGAAUGUGAAGAAGGUGGUGACGGUGGACGAGUCAGGCUUCGCGUCCUUCCUGGACCUGGUGGUGUGGGGGCACGAGCACGAGUGCCGCAUCGAGCCUGAGGUGAAGUGGAAGUGGCUCAUGGGGGCGGCCUGUCAUGGAGGUCCGUGGGGGGGCGUGGGAGGGCAUGGGGUUCCAUGGCAGGCGAGGGGCGAGGGGCGGGGGGCUGGCCAGGAGAAAGAUGGUUGGGAUGGAGGGGAGGGGAGGGAUGCUGUGGAGGUUAGGGGAGGGAUGCUGUGGAGGGGAGGGGAGGGAUGCUGUGGAGGGGAGGGGAGGGAUGCUGUGGAGGGGAGGGGAGGGAUGGUGUGGAGGGGAGGGGAGGGAUGGUGUAGGGUGGGCGCGUGGGGUGGAGUGGCUCGGUGCAUGGAGCGCUGCGUCCUCUUUCUGUGCGGCGUUGCUAUACACGCGCAUAGGCGCAGGAUGAGCGUGGUGCGUAGGAUAUGCGUAGGUGACAAGGAGCACGCACCUUCACAUCGCUCAUCCCAUGCCAUUCCCUUUGUGCCCCUCUCCCUCUCCAUCCAUGUACCCCCACUCCCCCUCUCUCCCUCCUGCUUUCCUCCUCUUCCUCCUCCUUACCUCCUCUCCCUCCUCCCUAUCUACCUCCUCUACUUCCCCCUUCCCUCCUCUUCUCUCUACGCUCUCUCCCCCCCCCUCCCUUCCGCCCCACGAGCAGCAACCAGUGUGGGCGAGGUACGGCAGAGCACAGCCAGGUCGUCGCAACCGGCGCGAGCAAAGUACUUCAUAUCGCAGCCGGGGUCGUCGGUGGUGACACAGCUGGCGGAGGGCGAGGCCAAGCCCAAGCACGUGCUGCACCUGCGCGUCCAGGUGCGCUGCAUAGCAUCUGUGAAUCUAGGCGUCGUUGAGGGAUGCGCAGGGAGUGAACGCCAGGGACCCGCAGGAGCUGGCGCUCUUCCUCUCCCCUUUCCCCUUCCCCGCUCUUCCUUGCCUGUCAUUGCCUUCCUUGAUCCUCCUCUGCCCUCGUCUUUCUUCCCUCCCCUCGUGCGCCAGGUGUCAUUGAGGGACGCGCAGGGCGUGAACGCCAGGGACCCGGAGGAGCUGGCGGCCUUCCUCUCCGCCACCCGCAUGAUAGCACAGGAGGAGCGCAUGAUAGCACAGGCGGAGCGCAUGAUAGCACAGGCGGAGCGCAUGAUAGCACAGGAGGAGCGCAUGAUAGCACAGGCGGAGCGCAUGAUAGCACAGGCGGAGCGCAUGAUAGCACAGGCGGAGCGCAUGAUAGCACAGGCGGAGCGCAUGAUAGCACAGGCGGAGCGCAUGAUAGCACAGGCGGAGCGCAUGAUAGCACAGGCGGAGCGCAUGAUAGCACAGGCGGAGCGCAUGAUAGCACAGGCGGAGCGCAUGAUAGCACAGGCGGAGCGCAUGAUAGCACAGGCGGAGCGCAUGAUAGCACAGGCGGAGCGCAUGAUAGCACAGGCGGAGCGCAUGAUAGCACAGGCGGAGCGCAUGAUAGCACAGGCGGAGCGCAUGAUAGCACAGGCGGAGCGCAUGAUAGCACAGGCGGAGCGCAUGAUAGCACAGGCGGAGCGCAUGAUAGCACAGGCGGAGCGCAUGAUAGCACAGGCGGAGCGCAUGAUAGCACAGGCGGAGCGCAUGAUAGCACAGGCGGAGCGCAUGAUAGCACAGGCGGAGCGCAUGAUAGCACAGGCGGAGCGCAUGAUAGCACAGGCGGAGCGCAUGAUAGCACAGGCGGAGCGCAUGAUAGCACAGGCGGAGCGCAUGAUAGCACAGGCGGAGCGCAUGAUAGCACAGGCGGAGCGCAUGAUAGCACAGGCGGAGCGCAUGAUAGCACAGGCGGAGCGCAUGAUAGCACAGGCGGAGCGCAUGAUAGCACAGGCGGAGCGCAUGAUAGCACAGGCGGAGCGCAUGAUAGCACAGGCGGAGCGCAUGAUAGCACAGGCGGAGCGCAGCUUCAGGGAGAGGCGAGCACUGUGCAGCGCAGAGCAGGGGGGCUGA